AUGUUUAUCAAAUCUUCACUAGACAUUAAUGAAAAAGACAGAGAUGGUUUUUUUAGUCUGUCUGACAAAGACAAUGGCAGUAAUGGCACUGGACUUUAUGCAGCAGGAUGGAGGACGGAAUACAGUCCAACGCACAUUCAUGAAGCAGCAGAGCACAGUGGCUUUAUUGCAGGAUACAAUUACCCUCCUCCUAUCACUUCACGUUUACAGCGGCCUUUUACUAAACAUUUACGCAAACCAGAGCAUGUCCGCAAGCACCGUAGACGUUUGCUGCCAGAGCCAUCUGUACCACUAGGUGAUCUUGUGGGUGGCACUGCUGAAUGCAUAGUUCAUGAAGAUGAAAGCACACUACAGGAGGAAGAUUCACAACCUCCUGAAGAUAUGGUGUGUCCUAAAAUUGAGGAAGAGGAAGAAGGUGAUACAGCACAAAGCUGGCCGGAAUCACCCCAGCAUGGAGAAUCUGGGGAGCAGGACAGCAUACCACGGGUUUCAAAGGCAGAUGAACUGUACAAAGCAAUGCCAACCAUCUUAGGUGUCAUGUCUGGGUGGACUGAAGAUGACUUAAGUCCUGUAAGGUUUAAAUGUCCCUUCUGUACACAUACUGUGAAGCGCAAAGCAGACCUUAAACGUCAUCUGCGAUGUCACACUGGAGAGCGCCCUUAUCCAUGUGAAGCAUGCGGGAAGAGGUUCACACGGCUGGAGCACCUGCGCAACCACUUUCAAACUAUACAUGAAGCUGGUAAACUUAUCUGCCGUCGCUGCAAACUCCCAGUAACUGAGUUGACAGGGCGAGUAAUUCAGGAUGGGACAAGAAGAUAUCGUCUUUGUCAUCCAUGUCUGUCAGAAGCUGGCUUGGAUAGCGUCAACUUUGAUUUUGGGGAUGAUCAACCACUGGUGCUCCCACCUGAGAAUGAGAGGGAGCAAUCCUGGCAUUUCAAGGACGAUGUGAAAGAUGAAAAUGGCAAAGAACGUCAAGAUUCAGAUCUGGUUAUUCAGGAAGUAGAAGACAGCGAAGAGGAAGAUGUGAAAUCUCAAAUAACAUAA